UUGCAUGAAUAUUAUAUUGAGUCUUGAAGCAUUGUUGAGUCUUCUAUUUACGCUGUGCGUGUCCACAGAAGGUUUGAACUGUAUUGUCUGAGUAAGUUGCGAGUGCAGUCAUCACGAAAGAUCCAAUAUGGCAAGCGUAGAAGCAUAUUAUGUUGGUUUGGUGAAUUUUCAAAACAAAUACUUGACGGCCGAAAGUUUUGGCUUCCAAGUGAACGCGAGCGGGGUGAACUUGAAGAAGAAGCAAAUGUGGUUAGUCGAACAAGAUGGGGCUCAUAUUUUUCUGAAAAGUCAUUUGAAUCGCUACCUCACCGCAGACAAAAACGGCAAGUUAGCGGGCGAGGCAGAAGAACGCGAAGAAGACGCAAAGUUCACUGUGUCAUACCAAGCCGACGGAAAGCUUGCAUUGAAAAGUAAAUACGAUCGCUACCUCGGAGGCGAGGAAGACCAAAUCAACGCGUUUGCAACUUCUAUAGGCAAGGCUGAAUCAUGGACACUUCAGUUGGCGAUCCAUCCUCAAGUUAACUUGCUACACGUGGUCCGAAAACGCUAUGCACAUCUGGAAUCGGACGAAAUCCAAGUAUCAGAAGAUAUUCCUUGGGGCGGUGACGCUUUGAUAACACUGGAGUUCAAGCAGGGAAAAUACGCGUUGCUUUCCAGCGAUUCUCGCUACCUGAAUGCAGACGGAUCGCUGGACGCAGCCCUCACAGCCAAAGCACAGUAUUUGAUCGAGUUUCACGAAGGUAGGGUUGCAUUCCGUACCCACGAAGGCAAGUUCCUCACUUGUGUUGGCAACAAAGGAAAGAUUCAGUCCAGCAAGAAGAAUGUCGCUGGCAGAGACGAGAUAUUCGCCCUGGUUGAUAAUCAUCCGCAGUGUAUGCUUACAGCUCAGAAUGAGCGAAUGGUCUCAAUCAGACAAGGAAAUGAGGUAACCGCGAACCAACGAUUUGAAAUGACCGAUAAAGAAAUUUUCCAGAUGGAAUUUGAUCCCAAGAAAGCCGGCAAGAUUUGCAUGCUCGCAAACACCAGAGAGUACUGGGUCUCAAAUGGCGACGUCAAGGCGUCGAGUUCCGAACGUGUUGACUCGGCUUUCUUCGGAAUUGAUUGGCACGGCAGCCACGUCAGUUUCCAGGCAUCCAGCGGCAAAUACGUAACCAUUAAACCGAACGGAAAACUUUCGCCGUCUGCAGACGCGGUGGGAGAGAAAGAAAAGUUCCUGCUGCAACUCAUCAACAGGCCCCUGCUCAUAUUGCGUUGUGAACACGGCUUCGUGGGCAUGCGUGGUGCGACAACGGCACGUCUCGAAUGCAACCGAAGUUCAUACGAAGUCUUUAAGCUUCAUUUCGAGGAUGGGAGUUAUAAGCUCGAGGGAAGAAAUGGGAAAUUUGCCCAAAUCGACGGAGAGUCAAAUAUUAACCUCGCAGGUACUUCGGAAAGUUGUGCCACGUUUCAAUUCGAGUUUCGAGAGCACACGAAGAUGUGUAUAAAGGCUAACAACGGCAAAUAUCUGAAAGGAGAAAGUAAUGGUGCAUUCACAGCCAACGGUGAAAAGCCUGGAAAGAAUACCUUGUGGGAGUACUGAACGGACUGAGAACUAGUCAAAAACCGUAAUUGUGGGACUGUGUAUAGUUUCCCACGUGAGUUGAAUUAUUAAUGUGAGGAAAUUUAGCGAAAUAACAAACUGUGAGAAAUAUUAUCCUUCAAGUAGAUACCUAAUCCUAGAUAACAAAACAUUUUCACUCUUGGAAAAUUGACUAGGUUUAUACAUUAAUAAGGUUUCAGAAUUUCAAACGUCACGUGAUAGUUCCAACUACUUCACAGUGACUUUUAGCUUCUCUUUUUUGAUAAAAACAAAAUAUUAAUAAAACAAUAAACGCAAACAAUUUUACUCUUUCAGUAACUUUAAAAUUUUUUUGUAAUACCAAGAAUGAAUAUUUACAUGAAUUUAGGUAGGUUGGAAUAAAUUGAUGUUAAAUAAAAUGUUUUAAU